UAAUUAAGGAGGCAGGAGGACGCCAAAGCGAACGGCAGGCGACGACGCCCUUACUUCCUCCGCUUACCGGUCGUCGUCUCUCCUGUCUCCAAAAGGGGGAGAGAAGGAGCUCUUCCAAUUCCCUCGCCCGAGGCUCAUUCUUCCCUUCUUUACCCGCCGAUCUCCGCCCUAGGUGCCGGAAUCCCGCCCCAGCCCUCCGCCCCUCUCGUCGCGCUGGAGGAAUCCCUCCCGAUCGAGAUGCCACGGAGCGUGUGAGGACUGGAGCCGUGAGCAUUUGAAAGUUCGGCUGGAUUAGAGAUGGUGGAAGGCCCGAAAUUUACUGGACUCAUGAUGGGUGGCGGCGGCGGCAACGACAAGGGGAACAACUUCUAUGACAUGGUGUACUACCGGAAGCUCGGGGAGGACUCCAACAUGUCCAUAGAUAGUGUAAAUAGCCUACAGACUACCAAUGGUGGAGGAUCCAUUGCCAUGUCGGUGGACAACAGCAGUGUCGGGUCGAGUGACUCUCAUACUGGCAUCCUCAACCAUCCGGGACUCCGCCCCAUGCCCUUGGCCAAUUAUUCUGUGAAUUACAGCAGAUGCCCUGGCAAGGUGUCUCAUGCACUCAGUGACGAUGCAUUGGCCAAGGCGUUGAUGGACCAUGAUUCCCCAACAGAGACACUCAAGGAUUAUGAGGAGUGGACCAUUGAUCUGGGGAAGCUCAACAUGGGAAUGCCCUUUGCUCAGGGGGCUUUUGGAAAGCUUUACAAGGGCACUUACAAUGGAGAAGAUGUUGCAAUUAAGCUGUUGGAAAGGCCAGAGAAUGACCCGGAGAGAGAGAGGUUGAUGGAGCAGCAGUACGUGCAGGAGGUCAUGAUGCUGGCAAACCUGAGGCAUCCAAAUGUGGUUAGGUUUAUUGGUGCAUGCAGGAAGCCGAUGGUUUGGUGCAUCGUGACCGAGUAUGCAAAGGGUGGCUCAGUUCGGCAGUUCUUGAUGAAGAGGCAGAACAGAUCGGUGCCACUGAGGCUGGCUGUCAAACAAGCACUGGAUGUUGCUAAGGGAAUGUCCUAUGUGCAUGGACUAGGCUUUAUCCACAGGGAUCUUAAGUCAGACAACCUUCUAAUUUUUACAGACAAAUCGAUCAAGAUUGCUGACUUUGGAGUGGCUCGCAUUGAGGUGCAAACUGAGGGAAUGACUCCAGAGACUGGAACUUACCGUUGGAUGGCUCCGUAUUGUAAUGGGUUAGAUUGCGUUCUGGUUGGGCAGCCUCUAUUAUCAAGGCUCAACUGGUUUGCUUACCAACAGGCCGCACAUCUGUGACCAAACACAUAUGUGGGUUACUUGACUCAAGUAAGGAGUAGAUGAGAGGGGAAAGGAUGAAGAGAGGAGAGAAGGGGGACAAACAAUGACGAGCUACAACAAUUUGACAAGCAACAAGCUUUGGCGAGGUGGCAAUGUAGUGGGGGUGACAUGUGAUAGUGGGGUGCCAUGGAGGUCAUGGAAGUAGAACUGUCUAGAAGAGAUGAGGAAGUAGUCGAGGAGUGUGGGGAGAAGGCGACAAAAAAAAAAAAGGAGUGGGAGGUAGAAAAAGGUGAGGAGAGUAGAAGGGAGAUGAGAAGGAACUUGCUCCAGGUGUUGCUUAAUGGUGGACAUAUGAGAACCUCUUUUCACUUCAUUUUUUUAUGUAAUCAAUUUGCAUAUAAUAUAGACUGUAAAACUUAGAUAAAGUCACCAUAAACUAGGGACUUAUAAUUUGUUGCUAAUGCAUCCAGUAAGAAAAAUAAAAGGAGGGUUUUUAAAUAAAACACUACCUAUUUAGUGAAAAAUAUAUUCUUGUUGCUCAAAAUAGAAAUAGUUCAGUCUACUUCAUCAAUAGUUUAGGUGUCGUUUUCUGUUGGUUUUCAUGGAUCAGUGUAUCUUAUUCUGCUGGUUUGUGCUGACAGGAAAUGGGUAUACCAUAGGGGCACACGUACCCAUGUAUUAUGUGUGUCUUGAUGUGGAUUCAUAUUGUUUUGUGCGAAAACAUGCUGCUCUAGCCCAUAGGGGCGCACACCAAUAUUGGCAUGCAUGGACCCAUUUUGUUUGCUAGGAGCCGUAGCAUGUCAUUGAGAAUGUGACUGACACCGCUUGACAUGGCACUAUACAUACCAUUUCAACUGUAACUGCCAUAGACAUGGCUUGCUGUUUUUUAAUACUUGCCAGUCUGUACCAUAUGGUAUGCCAUGUUAUGCGGAGCUAUCGAUUUAACCUAAAGUACUUGUGCCCGAUGCUUAGACAUCUGUAUUAAUAUGAUUAUUUAGCAUGGUGGUAAUUUAGGUGAAACAUAAAGUAGUUCUAGCUUGCCAGCACGGCUCCUCUUUUCUCGAGAAUUUGUACUUGUCUUAUCAGUGCAUGGACAACUAUCUCUGCAGUACAGGUUUAGGUGUGAUCUCAGUGGGAAAACGGGGGGAUCCUACUGCUUGAGUCUUCUUUUUUGUUGCUUUUCUUAGAGGUUUGGAGAAAUCAGCGAAUUCUAUAAGAAGAAAUUCUUAGACAUCAGAAGGAUUAUUUGCUUAGACAUGUACUUACAACCCAAUACACGAACUUGAGUCCAUGUAAAUGAGGGCAUAGUAUGAUGGUAUAUAUUGUUAUGCAAUAUGCACAUGGGUUCAUAUUUGUCCUUGCUUAUUGGAACAAAUUGGUACUGGAUGAUCAUAACCCUAUUUUCUCAAAUUGUCUUCUAGCCUAUGAUUGGCUUGCAUUGUAUGGUAUCAUAUUCUUAUGUGCUAGCACAUAGAAGUAGAGAGAGAGAGAGAGAGAGAGAGAGAGAGAGAGAGAGAGAGAGAGAGAGAGAGAGAGAGAGAGUGUAAAAGAAGCAAAAGAUGUGAAAAAAGAAAGAUAUAAAACAAGUUCCUUGUUGUUUGGCUAGAUAAUUUUAUGACUUUCACUAGGUUCAUUUUGGUCAUUGCUGAUUGACACAAAUUACUACAACCAAUUGUAACGAUAGUUUGCCAUUAGGGGGCAAACCUAUGCAGGAAACAAUGCAGAUGCAAUAAACAGGAAACUAUGGUUAAGAAAAUAUCUUAAUGCCAGAAACGGAAUACGAUAGUAAAGAAAGCAAAAAUAUUAUGCAAACCACAUUGAAAAAAGAGCAUAAAAACCAUUGAAAAACCAUUUGGUAAAGUUGUUUUAAAUGGAUUUCCACUAAUUUCUCAAAUUCGGAUCAAUUUGACAACUAGCUACAACUUAAUUUACAAAUAUCGAUAAAAACUCUGAUUUUGCUCGUAUGUGUUUUCCUCAAAGCAAAUAAAAUUGGCGAUUUAUCCCAAUGGUUUUAUUAUAAUUAUCAAGAAGAAUCUUUGAUUUAGAUAUUUCCCCCUUCCCUUUCACUCCUCUCUCUCCUCGUCAUAAUUUUUUGAAUAACUUAUCCAUCGGGAACCCAAUUUAUAGAAGUUUUCUUUCUUUCCAAAUUCAGAUUUCUGAGUAAUUUUCCCAAAUGAAUUGAAGGUUUCCCAAUUUAGUUUACUGGGAAAAUCCUAAUUAAUGAGAAAUGGGUUCCCUGUAACAAUGAUUUUAACCCCUACAGUUUGAAAGGAUCUUGUCACAUGUGAUUGUUAUGGCAUGGUGUGGUAUCUUAUGGUUAUGUACCGGCACAUGGAAAGCAGUAAAUGAAAAAAGUAAAAGGAGCAAGCAAAACAAGUUCAAAGAAAGAUGCAACAAAUUCCUUGUUGUUUGGCUGGAUAAUAUUGUGAUUUAGACUAAGGUUCGCUGUUUUGGUACCGGAUCCUGUUCUGGUGCCACACUAGCAUAGAGUCGGUAUGGUACGGUACGCGAUUUUUUUGACGUACCGAGUGUCGGUACGCCACCGAUAUCGGCACUGAAUCGGUAUGAUAUGGUACGUCCGGUACUGUACAGUUCGGUAUGGUACGGCAUACUAUGAUUUAAACCUUAAGACAUUUUUGUUACUAAAAAGGAUGAUUUUUUUAAACACUCGUUACCUCUUAGAGCUUUCACUGACGCUUGCAGUGAUUAGAACUUUCCCAAUCAAGAUUAGAUGACAACUAUGGUCUCUCAUCAAAACUCUUCUUCCCUCGAGAUGCAUUUGACAAGAGGUGAAUGCUCAUGAAUGUCUUGGGCAAUCUUUAAGUAUAUCCUUAAGGAUAACAUGUUCAUAAGGAUAGCUUUCAAGUGAGCAAAUCUAAUGUCAUUUUCUACCUCCCUUAUCUUUAUCGACUUCAAUUGCUGCAUUGUCUGUCUUUUUUAUCCCAAUGAGUUUUGGUGUGGCCUUUCAUCCAAGAUGCACUUCUUUGAGCCUCCUAUUCACUACAGGUGUAGAUUAGAUCUCAUUUUCUUUAAUCUUCCUAUUCACUACUUGCAUAUAGGAGAUCUUGUUUUCUUGUUGGUAUGAUCUAGUUUGCUGCUUUAUACACCUCAAGCUAACUAGCUAUUUUGUCCCAGAUCAUGUUCCCAUGUGUGGGUUAAUCCAAUCUUGUAACUUUUUGAGUUACACUCAGCAUAGAUCAUAUACUAGAACCAAAUUCUUGUGGAUAAAUGCUAUGUCAUAUGUUUGCACUAAAUUAAGUUUCUUGAUAACAAUAGAGAAAGAAGACAAAGGUGACUUGUUAGGGAUUAUAUUAACUUAUCCGUACUUUACUUUCUGAUAUAAAUUCUAAAUGACAGAACCCAUACAACAGUAUGUUCUAGAAUUACAAUCCAAAACCAUUAUGACUUGCAAUGCACUUCUCUAAUGGUGUUUUUGUCAUGCUACAGUUGCAAUAGAAGUGCAAUUUAUAUUAUAUGGGUACCACUAGGAAUGGAUUUCAAUUUGACUUUGGUUUUUGAUUUGUGCCUUAGACUCACAAACAGUUCCCUAUAUCGAACCUUCUCAUAUUUCCCCUUCCAAAAGGUUAGGGAAAUUUCAAAGAAUUACUUUUUAGUUGCCUGGACUUGAACUACAAAUUAGGAUAGGUCUACCUGCAGAACAUUUGGAACCUCUUGGUUUCAUGGCAUGAGCCUUUGUUGUCGAAAGAUGCCGGCUACCAGUUGCUAGUGGGUUGGAUAAUUUCAUCUUUAAAUAUGUCAUGAAUUUUAAGAUGCCACCUAAGGAAACUUAAUAAAUAUCUUUUGCAUCUCUAUGGAAAAAGUUUGUUUAUCAAUAAAUAUUUUAUAUACAAAACCUAAUGUCUGCUUGGAACAAAUAAAACAUAAAAUCAAAACAAUGGCAGAUGAUAAUCAGUUUAUGCAUUUCAUGUAAACAACAAGCCUUAUCCCAUGCAAUCUUUGUUUUCCUACUUCAUUGUUGCUCUAUUUUUCCAUCCAAAUGAUAUUUAGGGAUUAUCCUAUCUCCUGGACAUUAUCUUCUUGGGUUGUUAUAUAUAUGCAUUUAAAUUUUCUUUUCAAAGUUACAUUGUGGUUGUAAAAAAAUAGAAGUGGACAUUGAUAAUUGUCAUAAAUGCUUGCACUGAACUUUAAUAAACCCUAAUUUUGCAAUCAUUGUUGCUACAUGACAGUGAGCUAAAUGGUCUUUCAGUUAUUGACCUUAGUUGAAUUGUCAAUCCAUCUUGCGAGCAUUUGAUGGUCCAAUCAAGAUGUUAGAAGGAGAGGUUCGGGAGUAGUUAUCUUCCAAUAUAUUGUCAUUUUUCUGAUCAUUAAGAUCUUAAGAAAGACAAUACCAGAGAGCUUGACUUUCUGCUUCAUUGCUAGUGCUAGUCCACUGAUCUUGAUACUGCAAAUUAUUCCCGUUCCCUAAUUUUAAGCUUAGGGUCUCAUAAAAAAAUGUUUUAAUUACAACACAAUCUUCUUGGGAGAGCUCUAUGUGAUAUGAAGUGCCAAAUGUUUCUAUUUUGGAUGUGGAAUAACUGAACUGAUAUAUGCAUGAAAUUCAUAAUUUAAAUAUAACAGUAACUAAGCUUGACAACCGCACAUGAUGGUUUUCCUUUUUGGCUACUGACUGGCUUUAUACAAUUAAGAAAUCCUGCACAUUUGAUGAUCCUUCAUUUUUCUCACAUUCCAAACUUCCAGAUUAAUACCCAUCAUCUAUCCUUUUCUUGAGGCAUUCGAUCACUCGUCUAUCAUUUUGCGAUAUUCUGCUGAAGAUAUUUGUUCAUUAUGGUUGAAGCUUGUUUUCAUUGUUAUUUAUCAAUUUUAUUUAUUUGUGUAUCUAAAGAUUUUAGAGAAAUGAGAGCACCUAGUUAAUGAAGAUCUGAGGCCCUACAAAGGAGAGACGUUUAAAUCUGCAUCAAAGGUCUAGAAAGAGAAGGGAAAGAAGAAAACUGGUUGAAAAAAAUUGCGGAAAAAGAUAUGAGUAAUCUUGCGGCAACACUGGAAGCUGUAUUUAUAUGAAUAUUUAGUAAAAUAAGAAUUCCUUGUUUGUGAGAAAGGGAGGAUGACCCACCCAAACUGUAAUUACCUACGUUAAGAUUUUCGGAGAUGCACCGAAUCGAACCCCAAACCUCUGGUUGCUAAGCAGAGGAAUGUGACCUCUGGGGCCUUCCCUGGUUCAUGUAAAAUUAAGGAUUCUUAAAAUUCCAAUUUCAGAUAAUUGGGACAAGGCCAGAUGGUUUUGUUUAUUUUGAUGGGAAUAAUGGUUUUCUCCCACUAAUUGUUAAGUGACGUAACAUGUAUAAGAGAGCACAAAUACAAUCGAAUUUCAGGUAUGGUGCAUCUAUUAUUCAUGGAUGGCCUAUGAUGUAAUGAUCUGGCGGACUGAAUAAAGAUACUUGAAUUA